GAAAACAGCAGGAAGCUGUUGAAAACAGGAAGUUCUUCAUGUAAACAUCCUGCCAAGAUGAGCUGAUGCGGAGGACAGGGGAAAGCCCUGACAUGAAAAACAGGUAUAUGGGGCAAAAAAUAUGUGAACCCUAAACCCUUUCAGGCCCUAAAUGGAAUGGUUACUAAGGGGUUAGGUUAUUGUAGUAAAGACAUGCCCAAUAGAAGUGUUCGGUGAGUGUAGAGCAGAAUCCUGUACUUUAUCAUCCAUUAUAAAGUGUUCUACCGAGGUGUAUAAGGCUGCAGUCACACAUGCAGUUUAAAAUGCAGCUUUUUUAAACAAAAAUCAGGAGUGGAUUUGAAUGGAAUGUGAAAUAUAAAGUAAAGGCUUAUACUUCUUCCUGCUGGAUCCACUUCUUAUUUGGGCUCAAAAACUGGAUCAAAAAGUACCUGUGUGUUUCCAUCUUAAUAGGAAAUGUGUCUACGUUGUGAUUUGGAUAAAAAAAAAGUAAAUCUCUUUUUAAUCCUAACAGCACAUCCCAGUAAGAUCUCUGAGGGAAUCUUCAUGUUAUCACUAGAUUUUAAAGGAGAAGAUGAAGAUAUCGGGCAUGGCUCUUCAGGAGAAAACUUCAUUACCCAUAAUGUACAUACAGGACUUCACAGAACAGAUCUAUCAUAUAAUCCUCCUAAUCAUGAGGAUCCUUCUCCUGACCAAUCACAGAUUGUUACCACAAGUACCAAGAAGAAAGGGGGUAAAAUGUAUCUAUGUGAAGAAUGUGGAAAACAGUUUCCCUACAGCUCGAAUCUGCAUAAACACAAAAGAAUUCACACAGGAGAGAAGCCAUAUUCAUGUUCAAUAUGUGGGAAAUGUUUUAUUACUAAAACCAUGCUGAAGAUUCAUCAGAGAAUUCACACAGGAGAAAGACCAUUUACAUGUUCAGAAUGUGGCAAAUGUUUUAGAGAUAAAUCACAUCUUGUGAAACAUGAGAGAAGUCACACAGGAGAGAAGCCAUUUAAAUGUUUAGAAUGUGGGAAAUGUUUUACACAAAAGUCAAGUCUUGUUACACAUGAGAGAAUUCACACAGGAGAGAAGCCGUAUUCAUGUGGAGAAUGUGGGAAAUGUUUUACAGAUAAGUCAGAACUAGUGAAACAUGGAAGAAGUCACACAGGAGAGAAGCCAUUUAAAUGUUUAGAAUGUGGGAAAUAUUUUGCAGAUAAAUCACAACUCAAUAUACAUGAGAGAAGUCACACAGGAGAGAAGCCGUAUUCAUGUAGAGAAUGUGGGAAAUGUUUUAUUACUAAAGAUAAGCUCAAGAUUCAUCAGAGAAUUCACACAGGAGAAAAACCAUUUACAUGUUCAGAAUGUGGGAAAUGUUUUAAACAUAAACCAAGUCUUGUUAAACAUCAGAGAAUUCACACAGGAGAGAGGCUGUAUUCAUGUUCAGAAUGUGGGAAAUCCUUUACUGCUAAGGACAAGCUCUUGGUUCAUCAGAGAAUUCACACGGGAGAAAAACCAUUUAUCUGUUUAGACUGCAAGAAAUGUUUCAGAGAUAAAUCAGGUCUUGUCAUGCAUCAGCGACAUCACACAGGAGAGAAGCUGUAUUCAUGUUCUGAAUGUGGGAAAUGUUUUAAACAUAAAUCAAGUCUUGUUAAACAUCAGAGAAUUCACAAAGAAGAGAAGCCAUAUUAAAGUUCAGAAUGUUAGAAAUGCUUUACAAAUAAAUUACAAUUUGUUAGACAUGAGAGAUAUCACACUUGAGAGAAGCUUUAUACAUAUAGAGAUGUGGGAAAUGUUCACUUCGUUCAAAACGUCAGAUUAAUACU